CGCCCCCGCCCUGCAUUGUCCCUGCUGCAGCGCCCCCUGCCGGCCACCGUGCUGCGCUUUUAGGGGCCCGCGGCGCCCUGGCAAAGGCCGUUGAGCCCAUCACUGAGUUCCCCGACGCUUUCGUGACCGCGCGUGCGGGUAUAUGCACCCAAAUGCAGUUGCCCUUGGAGGCCAGAAGAGGGCAUCAGGGUUCCUGCGUCUAGAGUUAAAGGUGGUUAUGAGCCACCGAGGUCCAUUUUCUCUCCAGAGGAAGUCUUGUCUCUUUUCUAGGGUGUCCAUGGUAAUCCAGUUAUGACCUUUCUGGGGUGUCUGUUCACAGUUGCCCAGUCAUUUCUCUAUCACAUUUCCGGCACCUUCUUUCGUCUACGCCUUCUGCCCGUGGAUUGGUUUCACUCACAUUUAGUAUGGAUCUUCCAACCUCUGUGUUAACCCAGUCUAGAAACUUUCUCAGACGCACCCAGAGCUUUGUCUCCUAGCCGUGAGCUGAACACCCUGUUCUAAGUGCUCCCGUCAUGAUGCUGCUACAAGCCUGAAGCCACGAGGCCCAGCGGGCAUGGAAACUUUGAAACUGUGGGCCAGGACCAAUCUUUCCUGUCUCUAAGAUAUUUAUCCCAGUGUGGAAGGCAAUCUUUGGGACUAUCACUCCUUCUGAACCAUGGUGCCGUGGCUGUGGAAGGGGCUGGUAGGCGUUGGCCUCUUCGCUCUGGCCCAUGCUGCCUUUUCGGCUGCUCAGCAUCAUUCUCACGCGCGACUAACAGAAGAGGGGUAUGAGUCGCUGCCGGCAGAUAUAGUUCUGCAGACGCUGUUGGCCUUUGCGGUUACCUGUUACGGUGUAGUUCACACGGCGGGGGAGUUUAAGGACAGGGAUGCCACUUCAGAACUAAGGAGUAAGACGUUUGACGCCUUAAGGAGUCGCCCGUCUUUUUAUGUGUUUCGUCGUCACGGCCGUGGACUGUCCCAGCCUUCGGAUACAACACGGUCUUCAAACGUCAGCGCAUCGUCUUCUGACAUACUGUUGAAGUUUUGAAGUUCAGAUCACUGCGCUGUUCAGCUUUUUACACAUCAAGUGAAUUGGACAGGAGCAGACAUAAGAACUGGGAUUUGGAAUGUAAAAUACCCCCUACACAUCAGUAUUUUAUUGAUAUUUCACACUUAGUUUAAAAAACUGUAACCAAAAAGGAAACAAAAAUCAAAAAGCUAUUUCUCUUAGGUAUCCUGUGACAGCUGUGGGAAGCUGACCAACUGUGAGGUGAUCUGGGGUGAGGUGAACAUUUGAGUCUCAGCUCAAGGAAAGCAGAGUGCCCUCAAUAAUGCAGGUGGACCUACCCCAGUCAAGGGGCUGAGUGGAACACGAAGGCUCAGUGAGGAAGACAUGCUCCUGCAUGCUUGAGCUGAGACAUUGAUCUUCCUCUGGCUCUGUCCUCUAAACCCAAAUCUCAGCCCUUCUUGCAUGUUGAACCUGCUGGCUCUCAGACUUGCACUGGGCUCUCCUGGACUGUGCCUGCUGACUUCAGUCUUGAGGGACCUGUAGGUUCUCACAGUGUGCUGUCCAGUACUUCAUUACGACUCUCACCACAGGCUUCUUUUAGGCUCUCAGACUGAUGAGCUGGAGGCUCUGGGAGCCAUAAGCUCCAAGAUGAUGAACUUCCAUGCUGUGUGAAGAGGCCUAACUGUGAAGGAGAGAAGAAAGCCAGCAUUCCCGGAACAGUGGGGAUGAGAGGUGGAGCGAACCUAGCCCCCGCCGGCGCAGCCUUCCCUGUGGCCGGUUCCAUGUGUCACUUGCUAUGGUCUGGCUAACCUCCCACUCUUUUGUGCUUGUGGUUCCAUAUGAGACUCUGGCAUCUGCAACCGUGUUAGGGUUUGUCCGAGGACAAGACUCAACAAGGGGUACGUGUUUGUGUAAAACUGUCCCCUGGUGUCUACAGAGCACAGAGUCUACAGCCGUCGACGGGAACCAAAAUCCUCCAGUGCUCAAGAAGUUUGUUUUUAGAAAAUGACAUAGUGUUUGUUUAUAACCUGUGCCUACCCUCCCAAUACUUUUAGUCAUCGCUAGAUUACAUGUAAUAGCUAAUGCCAUGUAAAUUCUGUAAAGAGUUGUCAUACUGCGUUGUUUAGGGAAUAAGGAUAAGGAAACAUCUGCAUAUGUUCAGUACAGAUGGAAUCCCCCCCCCCAAUUUUUGGCUAGCAACUGGUUGUGUCUGUGCUUGGUUUGUUUACUCUCCUUAUACUCUACGUCUAUAAGAACGUCACCUCCCUGAGGGCCA